AUGGCGUCGUCGUCAUCUUCGACCAAUUCGCCGUGUGCGGCGUGCAAGUUCCUCCGCCGCAAGUGCACCGCGGGCUGCGUGUUCGCCCCCUACUUCCCGCCAGACCAGCCGGCGAAGUUCGCCAGCGUGCACCGCGUCUUCGGCGCCAGCAAUGUCGCCAAGCUGCUCAACGAACUCAGCUCCGAGCAGCGAGAGGACGCCGUCAACUCCCUCGCCUACGAGGCCGAGGCCCGCCUCCGCGACCCAGUCUAUGGCUGCGUCGGCUACAUCUCGGUUCUUCAGCACCGCCUCAAGCAGCUCCAGGAGGACCUUCUGAACGCCAAGAAGGAGCUCUCCUCCUACAUCCGCCCCACCACCGCGUCGAACCCUUUCCUCACCACCACCGCCACCGCCGCCCAGCAAUCCUUCCCUCUGACGAACCGAGGCCACCCCUUCAACUACCACCACCACCAGCACUCCAUACCGAUGCUUCACCACGGCAUGCACUCCAAUGCGGCGGCGGCGGAGAUGGGCUUCGGGUCGCCGGACUCGGGGGCUUCUCCUUCCGCGAUCCCAGUGCGGGAGCAGCAGUGCCAUCGACUGCAGAUUGUAGAGACUCAGAGGUUGACCAGGGGGCCGAAUGAGCCGAAUGAGAUGUUCAGACAUGAUCUGUUGAGGUACGCCGGCGGCGGCAUGGGAGGGCGCGGCGGUGGCGGUGGCGGAGGGUUGGGAGAAUUCAACCAUCCGAGAGGGGUAAUCUCCAUUGCCGGCGCGUCAUCUGGGAUGGCGCCGCCUCCGCGGCCCCUCGACUACCCCUUUCACAAAAUGCAGCACCAACAGCAGGAACAGCACCAGAGCCGAAGGAGGUUCCCCGGCGACGGCGAACGGCGGAACGACGGCGGCGCCGGCCCAAGUCUGCCGUCGUGA